AUGGCAAACAACGAGGACGAACUUUCGUUUGGAAGUGAUGAUCAUGAUCCAACAUUAAAUGGGGCAGGAGCUACCGGUUCAAUUUCUGUGGCUAUGUCAGAGGACAAUGAUUUUGAAGACAUUAAUGAAAAACUGCGGCAGAUUGAACAAGAAGCAGAAAAGAUUCGUGCAAUGCAAAGUGAAGUUGAAAAGCAGUUCCAAGGAUCGAACAAUGGCAGUCCAGGUGUAGCGCCGAGUCUGUCAGUUGAGGAUAAAAUGUUAAUCGAUGGACGGUCUAUUUAUGUGGGAAAUGUGAGUUUAAUAAAACUUUACGGUAAUCUUCAGCUUUACUGGUCCCUAGAAAAAAAUCAACAAGAAAUUCGUUUUCAACAUUUUUAA